AAAUUCAGUUUCGAAUAAAUGGUUGCCGAAACCGAAGCUUAUUCUGUCGAUACCGCCGCCGCACAAUGUCCAAACAUUUGUUUAUAUUAUUCAAAAUCCUAUUAGUUUUGGCUACAGUUAAUAUUAUUAAAACGCACUCAAGUGGAAGUAAUGAGAUCUUUAUUGAUAUGGAAGCUUCUGGGCAUUCAAUUAAUGAUCCAGAUGUUAUUGAAGGGGCUGAAAACGCAGUGAAUUUAAAAACGUUUAGCCAAAGCAUUAAUAAUUUCGAAUCGAAAUUGCUUGAAGUUUCAAAUGUUUUGUAUAAAAAUCAGCAGGAUGUGAAAAAUCUUCGAAAUUUGGAAAUAACCGUAAAAAACAUAGAAUCUUUGCUGCAGACUAUGGCAAUCGUGUUGGAGAAAAAUCAAAAAGAAGUACAAAAAUUGAACGAAAUUAUGGAUGCAAAAGGAGGCAAUAACAAGAAACAUUCACUUGAGGCGCCCGCAGACCAAUGCUCUGGAAAUUCACUGGCUAAGCAAUACAAUGGCAUCAAGGUCCCAAGCAAUGUUCUUGAGCUUCAAUGUUCUAACCAACUGCCAGAAUCGUGUAUGGAAAUCAAAGACUGCUAUGCAAGUAUUUUUAAAAUUGCCAUGGCCAAUGGCAGUCGGCAAGAUUCGGUUGCUUGUGAUCUACACACUGAAGAUGGUGGUUGGACAGUUAUACAGAGACGUCAAGAUGGCACUGUAAACUUCAAUCGUAACUGGACCAGUUAUCUCGAAGGUUUUGGCGAUUUAAAUGGUAACUUUUUUAUUGGCUUGGAAACGCUUUAUUAUCUAACCACACAAAAGGAAACCCAGGAGUUGUAUAUAAUUAUGAGAGAUUUCGAAGGUGUAGAACGCCAUGCCAGGUAUUCUUCUUUCAGUAUUGGCCCUCCCGAUCAGGGCUUUGUGCUAAGCAUUGGUGGUUAUUCUGGAGAUGCCGGUGACAGUUUAGGUUAUAAUGGAGGCUCUAAAUUUGCAACUUCACACGACAAUUACUCGCAUGAUAGACCUCAUAAAGGUGGUUGGUGGUACAGAGAGGGCGGUGAAAGCAAUCUCAAUGGUGACUAUCUAAUGGGCAAAACUCACUUAGAAAGUGGCAUAGUCUGGGAAUCGUUUCGUGGCAAACAUUACUCAUUGAAAUUCGUUCAAAUGAUGAUACGUCCUAGUUUUGCUUAAAUAAAACGACAAGUGUUUUUUUUUUCUAAAGAUAAAGAUUGAAAUAAACAGAAUAUAAUGUUGUAAUAAA